AUGGCUUUCCCACAGCAAGGCCUGUCGCGCACCCUGCCUAAGAACUUUACCUUUCCUUCCAUGAGUUUCGGUGAGCCACGGACCCCGGAGCGGUCGUCGAUUCAACUUGAAGUCCCGCCUCCCCCGCCCCGCCAUGCUAGUUGUCGCUGGCGGAGAUCCCGCGCCCGCUCCGGGUCCGACAUUUUUGCGCAAGUCGAAUACGACCGCAGCACCGUCCGCUCCACCUCCCCCGAUGUCCCCCUCCCCUCAAUUGAAAUUCCCCCUAGUUGUGAGCCGGCCGAGGACCCCUCGUCCUCCAUCGCCCCGCCCCACAAUGUCCACCUCUUGGCGCCGCCCCGGCAUCGCGUGGUCUUGAAGACUCCCCCGGCCCAGAUCCGUCCCGACCCCGCCGACCCCCCACCCACCGAUUCGUGGCGGUCCGACGAUCCCCAGCUGUGGGGCGACGCCAUUGAGCGUCCGGGAUCCGCGUGUUCGCACGCCUCGGACUCCUCCAUCUCCUCGAUUGAAACCUACGCCUCCCGGCGCUCCGUGGGCGGAAGCUGCACCAGCAUGGAGAGCGAUUCCUAUGACCCGUUCUUCCACCUGGAAAUUGCCCCCAAGCCGCUCGCCGAGUCGCCGCCGUUGCCCCGCAAACCGUGGAGGCCCCGCGGUCUGCGAUCCAAGGAGAAGUGGACCCUGGACAUGGACAACCACCUCUGGAACACCUACCAGCUCUAUAUCCAGAACCCCCUCAUCACUCCGUUCAAGAUGACCCCCGGGAGUAUCCCGCCGCUGGGCGUCACCCACCGGGUCGCGCGCGAGGCCAAGAGGAACUGGGAACGGAAGCGCUAUCGGCUCACCCGGCAACCCUGCGCCGACCCCCCUGCGCCCGCGCAUCAGUCGCGGAGUGGAGAUGCGACCCCCACGCCCAAAGCGGAACCGGCCACCACGCUCAUCUGGCCCCGGUCGGAAGCCGCCACGCGUCGCAGACUCAAACUGCUCUGCAAACGCAAGUUCUCCAUUGCGCCGCACUACCAGCGGAUGAUGCAGUCCAAAAGCCCGAGCCCGGCCCUGGACCUGUUGCCCCGCCUCGAGCCCGAAAGCGCGGGCAACAGCGCCGCCUAUGCCACGCGCGACCUGGGGGUCUCUCUGGUCACAAGCUCGGUUUUCACUCCCCUGUCGCAGCUGGCGGCGGAGGGACCGUCUCAUAUGACGAACCCCGAAUGGCAUCCCCUUCCAUCCGCUGAACCCCGCUCGCUCCCGCCCAAGUCGUGGAGCUUCGACGAACGGGAGAUGGAGGCGCCCCGUCUCGGGUCCCCGUUUGCGUACAAUACAUGGGGCCCGAACACCUCCCGCCAUCGAAUCCAUCGCCCGGGCUCCCGCCGCGAGACCAUCCAUGUGACGGGCGCCCGGCUGCGAUCGCUACCGCGCAUGGAUGCGCUCCCGACUGCGGACCACCAGCACGGUCCGGUCCCUCGCAACGAUCUUCCUGCGGACGAGUCGCCGGCGCAAGACGAAACCCAACGCCACCUGGAGGAAUUAUUCCGCCAGGGCAAACUCAACGACUUGGGCCAGCGCCGUAUCCGACUGCGAACCCGCGGGGCGACGACCAGCGCGGUGCAUCCUCCGGCCAUCAAUCAACUGUUCUCCCCUCCGUCGUCGUCAUCGCGCAACGAUGAAGGCGGUUCCACGGACAAACUCGCCAUCCCUUCUCUGCUCAACCACCUAGAUGGCGAUGCGGGCGAGAACAUCCGGCGCCUGGGAUCCCCGUUCAAGAUCGAGACCCCCAAACGGCCCGGCCCAGCCCGGCGGAUUCGGCACGCGCCUUCCCUAUCCGACCCUUUUAUCGGCCGGUCCAUGGACCCGCAACCCAAACUGGCGACCCCGGAUUCCCAAGGCCGCAGUCGAGCACGGACAGGCGUGCUUCCGUACGACCCCACCGAACAGGGCAUCUCCGACGCCGAGCGCAUUCGCCGGCAGAUCUUGAAUUUGCCCUACACGAAACAGUAA